GUGUUUUGCUCUUCUUCUUCAUCCCCAGCAGCUCCGGAAAAGAACCCCAAAGCCACCGACGUUUCCUCCCCUUGAGAAACUCGGAAAAAGCUUGAUUUUUGCCCUUCUUUUCUUGUUCAAGAACAAGAUUUAAAGCUUGGAAAUCUUUCCCCCUCUGUAGAAUUUCCAGAUCUGCUCUGUUCUUCCUCUUCUGCCGCCGGUUACUGCUGGGUGUGAAUUUCGGUUUUUCCUGCUUCCCCUUCAAUUGCCAUUAGCUUCCUCACUGCCGGAACUGGUUCCUUGGCUGCUGGAAAAAAAUUCUGGUAUGAUGGCCACUUCUUUAAGUUCGAAAUUACCCAUUAAUUGCUGCCUUGUUGAGUUUAAUUGGUUGUAUGGGUGCCCUGUGUUGUCCGAAAAUCCUGUUGGAAUGCUGUUUUGCCAAGCUCGGUUCCUCCAUUUUGUCCGUUGGAAAUUUUCUGUUGAAAUGGAGGAGUUUCGGCAGCCUUAAAACAUGGGUUUUUAAGCUUGCUUAAUGUAGAAAAUUAGCUUAUUUUGGCUGCUGUGAUUUUUGGAGAAAACCCUAUUGAUUAGCUAUUGUUUUGCCAAAUUUUUGGAAGUUGCAGUUAUUGUUCAAUGCGUGAUUACUGUUCACGGGUACUGUUUACGCACUAAUGGCCAACAAUAGGAGGGUUUAAAUGUGUAGUUAUACUGAGAAUGAAAUUAAGAUGUCUGG